AAUUACGGGGAAAAAAGCCUUCAAAUUGCUUCCAUUUUGAUAUCCAAAUCAGCAUUACUCGCCGGAAAAAGAUGAAAGACGACGUGGUAGUACCAGUUUUAGCAUCGGCGGUUGGGUUGUUGGGGGCUCUUUUAAUUGCACUGGCUCUUUUCUGGGUUAUCAAAGCCUGCCGGAAACUAAUUGCCCAGAAAUAUGAGUCGGUUCCGGUGGAGAUGAAACCCCGGCGUUUUUCAUAUGAGGAGGUGGUGAAGAUGACCCAUAACUUCCACCGAGUCAUUGGCAGAGGAGGAUUUGGAAGCGUUUACCAAGGCCAAAUCAACGGCGUUCCGGUUGCCGUGAAGGUGCAUAGAGGAGCUCGUCUCACUCAAUCUCAAAACGAGGUGAUUUAUCUCAGCAAAGUUCAUCACAAAAAUUUGAUAAAUCUGAUUGGGUAUUACGAAGAUUCCACAACACGGGCAGUGGUUUAUGAGUUCAUAGCCAAUGGAGACUUGAAGAACAAUCUUACAGGAAGUGCUUCAACCAAAUUGUCAUGGGAACGCAGACUUGGGAUAGCCAUUGGUUUGGCCCAAGCUUUGGAUUACCUGCACGACGGUUGCCAGCCGCCGCUCAUUCACAGGGACAUUAAGAGCGCACACAUCUUGUUGUGCGACAAUUUUGAAGUGAAGCUUUGUGGGUUUGAUUUGGCCGUCACCCUAACUCCAUCCCACCACGGUCAAUCUCAUGUUUCCAUUGAUGUUGUAGGCACUUCCCGAUACAUCGACCCACAGUAUUGUGUAUCGGGUAAGUUAACAAAAGGGAGCGAUGUGUAUGGGUUUGGAGUUGUUUUGAUGGAAAUAGUUACUGGAAAACAAGCAGGCCCAAUUGGUGUUGAUGGAGAAUAUGUGGGCUUGACUCAAUGGGUUAGCUCCAUGUUUGGUAAAGCCCAAGUUGGAAGCGUGGUUGAUCCAAGGUUAGAAGGAAAUUAUGAUGUGUGCUCGGUGGAGGAAGCACUCAAGAUUGCAAUGGCUUGUUCGUCCGAGAACACCCAUGAUCGACCGACCAUGGGUGAGGUGGUAAUCAAACUCAAACAUUGCUUGCAAUUGGAGACAGCUCGAUCCAACCAAACCAUUUCUGGCGGCUACACAUAAUUCAUACCUCUUGUUUGUUUUAUGUGUUAAUGAUUAGACUCUUCGUAAAUUUAAAAAUGUUAUCGGUUGCUCGAUAUAUAGCUUGAAAAUUUAGAGUUUUAUUAGAUAUAAAUAUUGGAUGUGCUCCACUAGAGGACACAAAUAAAAUAAGAACAGUUGUUUUUGGAAAAGAUUAGCUAGCAAAAGAUCAUCACUAGUCUAAUGUAGUCAGACUCAGUAAUUGUGUGAGCUCAUUAUCUAAAUGGUUGGUUCCAAAGUUUUAGAAAUCUAGAUAUUUUAGGAAUAUCAUAGACAAACAUACGGUCCACAGUGUCCUAAAGAGUGUCUUGUAAUCUUUUCUUGAUUCUGUUCUAAUACAACAAUAUUUCCAACUUCUCGAGAAGCAAAAAUGGAGCAAACCCUAUGAAUUAAAAGCCCGUAUGAUUCAUCCUCACUUCUUUGGAACAUUGGUUUUCGUGUGAUUCGUGAUUGGAACAACCUUAAGCCCAUUCAUGUCA